AUGCGCAUUUUUGAUAGCAAUGAUCGUGAAACAUUUGAAUAUGAUGCAGAAAAAAAGAAAAUUUUACAAGUACGGGUAGAAGGUGGCCCAUUUGAACGAGCACAGAUACAGGCACGUUCAAUUAUCAAUCCAACGGCUCAAGUAGGACGUUUCGUCUCACCAAUACCUAAUUAUUUCAAACUUGUCAACUGUAGUGGUAGUUAUGGAAGUGCUAUAAUCAAUGAUGGUACCGUAUCCAGACGACAUUCCAGUCUAAGAUGGCAACCACCGAAUGUCCCAUCGGGCGCAAUUGUCUUCUUAGCAAGUGUCAUCCAUUCUAAACAAUUGUAUCACAUUCGAUCAUCAUUCAUUUCACCAAUCUCUAAUUCAACUCAAUUAUCAAAACAAGGUUGUGGUACCUCAUAUGGUUGUUUUAAAAUUGGUAAUCAACAAUGUUUAUUCGGUGACACAUGUCAUUUCUCAUUAAAAUGGCGUUGCUAUAAGAAAUCGAUGAUCGUUGAAGCGACACAUUAUGGUCGUGUCGCAUCAUUUGGCUUAACUGAAAGUGAAAAGCGUGCAGUACUAUGUAUUUCAACAAGAAAUAAUUCAUCGAUGAAUGAUUAUUAUAUAACCGGUGACCGGGGUCUCCCAAAUAUAUUUGAUCGACCGCGUAGCAAACGAUUAAAAACAAUUAACGAUGGUUUGCGAACAUUUUGUCGUUUUGAAAUGGAACGUCCAAGAAGGAAUACAUCGGUACUAUUAUUUGGAAAAGUUAAUUCAUAUGGUCAUCCAUAUAAAUUGCGUAAAUGGAGAAUACCUGGUUCAAAUAUGUGUAAUCCGAAUACAAUUUCAUCCGGUAUAACCAGGAUUUAA